AUGAGACAAAUUGUUAAUUUAAAAAAUGUGAAGAACAUCGCCUUAGAUCGGGCAGCGACGAACGGGGCCGAUUUCAACCGACAUCCGCGCCGUACCUCCUUCUUCAACUUAGUCUACAUCGAACCUUCUGGGAAAGAUGAACUCAACCCUCCAGCUCUUGGUCAUCUUCAGCUUUGCCCUGGUGGUCUUCGCGCAGUACCAUGUCCACUUCGACUCUGUCGAUGUCGACUCGAUACUGAAUAA